AAAACACGCUGUUGUACAAUUUAAAUGAAAAUUUUUGUCGGCUAUUGCAACAUAGCCACACUUUUAGCCAGGGCCAAAAAAUAGCAAAAGCAAAAUAGCCUUUUCAUACACCGCAAUCAAGUCUGAAAACUUUUACUCUCUACAUAGCCCACUUAAGUGAUUUUAAUAAGUAGCCUAUAGGCUGUAUAUCCAAAAAUCGAUCGGCGCGAAUCACGCGGGCCAUUACCAAUCCUCAAUCCUGAUUUGUUGUGCGAACUAAGUGGUUCACCAAAUGUUUUGUUCUGCAGCACGAAUUAACUAUUUGGGACCGGUUCGGCAGGUAUACCAAAAUAGAAGAUUCCUCCUCAGCCAGAAAGGAGAGACGCAUCUAAAGUCUUAAACCGGUAAAACUAGCGGAAGGAAGAAAAGGGGUUGCCUUAUUUGAAGGUGCAGUCACUUCCAUUUUUCACAGGGGAACAGAGACUUCGCAGCACCUGGGAAUACAUUUAUCCCAGUCGAGACCAUGUUAGCAUUAACCUGUGCAAUUGUGAUUCUGGUUGGAGUUUACAUUAUUCUAGUGGAAACUCUUUUCAAGAAGUCCACGUGUAAAAGCACUACGGCGAUGGCCGGGAAGACUGUGAUUAUCACCGGGGGUAAUACAGGCAUUGGGAAGGCCACAGCCGUGGACCUGGCCAGGAGGGGGGCGAGAGUCAUCCUGGCCUGCCGAAAUCAGCAGAGAGCAGAGGCUGCUGUCAGUGACAUUAAGAGGGAGAGUAGAAAUGCAGAAGUGGUGUACAUGCAGCUGGACCUGGGGAGCCUGAAGUCGGUGCGCUCCUUCACUGAGACCUUCCUAAAGACAGAACCAAGACUGGACCUUCUCAUCAACAAUGCAGGCUUGGUGGGAGAUGGGCGCACUGAAGACGGGUUUGGGAUUGAGUUGGGGGUCAAUCACCUGGGUCACUUCCUCCUGACCUGCCUCCUCCUGGACCGGCUGAAGGAGGGCGGCGGGGGGCGCGUGGUCACUCUGUCCUCCAUGGCCUACCGCUGGGGCAGAAUAGACUUUGACUCCCUCAUUUCUAACAAGGACCUGGGCACUGGGAGGUACAGCUGGCAGUUCUUCCAGGCAUACUGCAACAGCAAACUCUGCAAUGUCCUCUUUACUCACGAGCUGGCCAAGAGGCUAAAGGACACCAAUGUCUCCUGCUACAGUGUUCACCCAGGGGUUGUUAGGACGGAGCUUUCCCGGAAUGUCGGCCUGUGGCAGAAGGUGUUUAUCGAGCCGGUGGCCAGACUGUUGUUCCUGGACCCAGUGGCCGGUGCCCAGACCACCCUCCACUGCGCCCUCCAGGAGGGCAUCGAGCACCUGAGCGGGCGCUAUUUCUCCUGCUGCGCUCCACUGGAGGUUUGCGCCAACGGCAAAGACGACGCGGUGGCCAGGAAGCUGUGGGAAGUGAGCGAGAGACUGAGCGGACUGUCUUAAGGGCGCGUAAGCGCCUGGCUUCCUGCUGCGCUGCAGAGGAUGCUGGGAAGAAAAACAGAAGGCCAUUCGCACACAAGAUGCGGUUGUGUUAACCGCUGUGUGCUUGAAGCAGCAUGAUGUUUUGCCUGGAGUAUUUUGUGCCCUACAUUAUCUUUUUUUUUUUUCUUUUUUUUUCUUGCUGUUGUAUGUAAUUAAAUGUACAUUUUUAAGAGAUGUGAAUAAGUUGAAUUAAAGUGAGCUGAUUAUGGUAUUAAGUGUUGUUGCGUGUUUUGGAUUGUCCAUGGGUAGAAUUAUCCCACAUUUACAAAAUACAAUUGUGCCUUCCUUGGAAUAUGCACUAUUUGGGUGUUUAAACUGAGGAUAUUGUGUGGGGAAAAAUGGUGAGUGGCUUACCUGUGCAUUUAGAAAUGUGAUUGGAGGGACAAAUUCCUUAAAAACACAGCAGUGAUAUGUAAAACAUGCAUUUUUUGUAAGAUUGCAAAUGAUGGCUCUCUUCAGUCUUUUGUUACCCUAAAAAUAAUUGUGAAAAAAUUAUUUUCCUUUUCAGUAAUUGGAAAGCACACCUGUGACUAAGGCAGCAAUCGAAGUGGUCUGAGUGCAGAAAUGUUCCGUGUGUACAGUUUGAGUUACUCAGUUGCAGUUCAGCGAUAAAUGAACCAGCCAUUUUAACUAGAGGUCAGCAAGGUGUCUGUACAAUAUAAAUAUCUGUCUUUAUGUCAUGCCAGGAUGUCUUGAGUGCAACAGUCUCCAGUUGCAUGUGCCACAGGAAAUAGGAUGAAACAAAAGGCACAGUGCUGCUGAACAAGUGGUUUUGGAGUUACUGGCUGUGUAUUUUCUUGCUCUAAGCCGCAACCCCCCCCAAUGCCCAGCCAGCCAAUGUACAGUAAAACCAACAAGUCUAGUUCUAUAAAAUCUAAAUGGCCUACUAUUGUACACAAAAACUGUCUGGGCUAAUCAAAACAUACACUAAAACUGAAAUAAUGUUUUAAGGUGUGAAGUAUCCUGUUUAAACCAUAUCUCUGGGGAAAUAAUGUUUUUAAAAGUGUAGGGCAGUUUACAGAAGUGCGCCCCUUAUCAGACCCCUGAAGGAAAACAGGGACAGGGAUUCAGCAGGGUGUGAUAGAGACAGUGUUCAGUUGCAAAACAUCCUACUGGAUUAGCAUUAUGUAAACUUUAGGUUCUCCAAAAUACAGUGUAAUCAUGUUUGUUAUUGUGGUAAAUUUGAUGUCACAGGGAACAAGUUGGUGUCUUGUCUUCGCUGGUGACUAAAAAUCUUGGUACCUAUGGGUCAGCGCCCAGCCUGAUACAAAGGUUAGCCUGGUGUGGUACGCUCAGCACAAGCAGGAUCUUUGAUUUACUGUUUUGCUAUGAUCGUGUAUUUAUUUGAUGACUUGGGAUUUUUCUUUGAUCUUUGGAUGUAUAAGGGGAGAUGGUUCGAGAAGACUCAUCAACACAGUCUCCGGCGCAUCACACGUGUAUAGCCAUUCAACUCCUAACGCAUUCUUCACCCUUGUAUUUUUCCACUAUUGAACACACUGUACAAUAAACUUCAUUCACUUCAAC